AUGAAAGUAACACCAAAGAAGAAACCGUUGUCCCAAAAGAUCUUGACAAAGGAAGAGUACGAAGGGUUUCGAGAGUGCGGCAGUUCUACAACGAAAGAGGAGCACAUAGCUCUAAAGGCGGAAGCAGAGGAGAGAGAAAGACUCAUAAAAGAGAGCAUGGAACGGAAAAAGGAGUUCCGCAAACUGGACAAGAGCAGACCUCGCGAGAAGAGCGCAGAUUUGGUUGAAAUCGAGGAGGAGGCAAGGAAAAGGACUAACCACGUCCUUGAAAGGGCGCACAAUAUGAAACUGGAGCAGGAGGAGGAAAUACAGAGGUGCAACAGGAUUAUCUUGGAAACCAAAUGCCGUGCAAUUCGAGACGCGCAGUUAGCGGAAAAAAGACUGAUCGAACUCGAGUUGGAGGAAGAGGAGAAACGUCUGAACGAUAUGAUGGAGAACGAGAGAAGAUGGGUGAUCAAAGAAGAACAUAAAAAAGAGCAGGAGGAGGCAGCCAAAAAACUGGAAUUUGCGAACAGUCUGAAAGAUCAAAUACGAGAAAACGAAGAGCAAAGACUGUUGGAGUUCGCGAGAAAACAGGAAGAAAGUCGGCUAAUCAACUUGAGUAAUAUUGCUUGGCAGCAAGCAGAAGUCAGCAAGCUGCGAAAUAAGGAGGCUGAAUGCACGCGUAUUCAAUUGGAGAUUGCUGAGGGGAAUGAACAGUUGAAGCAUCUAAAGGCUAUGGAGGAACAAGAGAAUAAAAUCAUCGAUCACAGGAUUCAAGAGUACCAAAAACGAAAACAGGAAAGAGAUGAAAAACUGGCUGAGAAACGGAAGCACGAAAAACUGAAAAAGGAACAGGGGAAAGCAAAAGUGGCGUCCCAGGCGUUACAGUAUCAGGGCAUUCAAGCACGAAUCGAUGAACUGAACGCCGCCCGAAUUCAGGAAGAAGUGGAACGCGAGUGGAGACAGAAGGAAAAAGAAGAAGCUUUGAAGAGAGCUGAAGCUCAGAAGAGCCUCAUAAAAGAACGAGAAAAACAAAUAAAUAAUAAACGAAUAAUGCAGGCGAUUGAGCUUGAACGAGAACGACGGGAGUUUGAAAAAAUUGUGCGCGUUCAAAAAGAAGCUUUCUGUCGAGAACAAAAGGAACUUGAGCAGAAACAGCGGCAAGCCUUGAUUCACAGGAGCGAAAUAUUGAAGCAGGUUAAUGAGAAGGAAAGGGAACGCAUUGAGACCAGGCAAAAAAUGUUCGAGGAAGGUCUCGCGAACCGCACCGAGGCUGAGAUACGAAAAACAAGACUACGGGAGGCGAUGGAGAAGAAAUGCGAUGAAAUGAGAGGCAAUAAAGUACCUGAUAUGUACAUAAAUGAAGUGAAACGUAUGAUCGAGAAUAUCCAUUGA